UCUUUUUUUUACCGAUAUUGUUUGCAAAUAGAAAAUGAAUCACAUUUUCGUCCAUUUUAAGUGAAUUAAUUACAUUUAAAGGGAGGAGUAAAAGAUUUCUUGCUGUGUUUAAAAUUAAAAUGUGCGAUCACCAUUAAUCCUAAUUGUCAACAUAAUACUCAAACAAAUCUGUUCACACCGUUACCAUUGCGAUUUUGUUUGGUACUGUAAUAAACAGUUAACACCAUGAUUUUAAAAUUCUUAAUGAUUGCAUUUUUUGUGACUUGUGUGAUGUGUGGACCACAUUCUCAUAAAAGUUCCGGAUCGAAAGAAAGUGUUGAAAAUGUAGCUUCUGUUCCUCGUGGGAACAAUCACUAUAAAGAUGGUAAACAUAACUAUGAAUUCGACCAUGAGUCUGUUUUAGGUAGCCAGCAUCUUGCUGAAGAAUUUGAACAUUUACCUGCUGAAGAAGCUAAAAUAAGGUUACAUAUGUUAGCUUUGAAAAUGGAUGCAAACAACGAUCAAUUUGUGGACAGAAAAGAACUGACAAAUUGGGUUUUAAAAUCUUUCAAAACGUUAACUAUAGAAGAAUCCAUGGAUGAGUUGGAAGAUGUAGAUAGUGAUGGUGAUGCUCAAAUCACUUGGGAAGAACACAUAGCUGAAACUUUUGGUAUUUAUGAAGAUGAGUUGUCUUUGAGUCAGGAAUCAGAGGAAGAAUAUCAGAUGCUGCAAAAUGAUAAGGAACUUUUUAAUGCUGCAGAUAUUGAUGGUGAUGGAAUUUUAAAUAAAGCAGAGUAUCCCUCGUUUUCACACCCAGAAGAAUUUGAGCACAUGCAUCAGAUUGUGUUUGAACAAGCUAUGAGAAAAAGAGAUCGCAAUCAAGAUGGCUAUUUAAGUUUUGAAGAAUUUGUAUCUGAUAGUUAUGGUUCUACUCCCCAACCUACUACAGAACAGUACAUUAUGGAAAAAGAUCGCUUUAUGACUGACUAUGAUCUAGAUGGUGAUAACAAACUGAAUAAAGAAGAAGUCCUACUAUGGCUUAUUCCAAAUAAUGUGGAAACAGCACAAAGUGAAGCUGAUCACUUGAUUGAAAGUUCAGACACAGAUAAAGACGGAAAAUUAUCUUUUGAAGAGAUUGUGAACCACCAUGAAAUUUUUGUUGGUAGUGAAGCAACUGAUUUUGGUGAACAGUUGAAAGAAUCCAACAGAUAUACAGAUGAGUUGUGAGCAAUGUUUUUAUAGGUGCUGUAUUUGCAUAAGCAGAAACUUUCUAUGCAGCAAAAACUAGUAUGCAAAUUGAACAUAUGAUAGUCCUGAUGUUUAACUUAUUUGGUCACUCAUGGUAUUUUAAAGCUAUAGAAAUGGCAAAAAUGUUUUUGUAACGUUUUUGAGAACAAAUCUGAGAAGGUACUGUUAUAAGUUUUUUUUUUUUUUUUGAACUCUAAAUGUAUCGAUGUUAUUUCAAAUUUACUUUCUAUUUUUAUAACAACAAAUAAUAGGCCCAACUUCCGAAUUAAAACCAAACUUAUAUAAUUUUUAGCUUUAUGAAGUCAAGUUAAAUAAAUAUAAAAAUGUAUUCCUUUAACCUUUAAAUACUAACGUAUGAAAGUUAAAAUAUUUUGAAAAUAAAAUAUCCUCAUACUAAAAGUUAUAUCAUUUCACAUAACUGUAUAAAUACCGAUUGAAGUAUUUUAGUGAUUAAUGAUGUGGAACUUAACUUACAUUUCCAAACAAAAAUUAUAAUACAAGAAAUGCAAAAAUUGUAUUUCUUUAAUUUUUAUUAAUAUAAAAUGAGGCAGGCACUUUUCUAGAAGUGUAAAGCUUCCUUCUUAAAGUCACCUCAUAGGUCAAAAUAGGUGUAACAUUUUUACUUGAAGUAUUUAUUAAUUUUAACUAAUUUUCAUUCAUUUUGAUUUUUUGUAGUGGAAAAAUUCAUGUUUUCAUUAUAACUGUGUGUAAUAACAAGGAAUAUUGGUAAGGAGGAUUGUAUUACAAGGAGUUUUGUUGUUAUGGUAUUUUUUCUAGAUACUUAAUUGUCACCACAGCCUACCGUUACUUUGUUUUCAGCUGUAUUUUCAAUUCUAAUCUACUUUCUCUGAACAGUAUGUUUUCUACAUUACAAAAUUUGCCUGUGUCUGAUAAAGAUAGUUAUAUCUUAUAUUUUAAGUGCAGAAUUUUGUGGAUUAAAUAUUCACAAUGUAGUGAUUUUACUCUUUUUAACAAUAAAUUCAUUGUUCGAAUUUAUUCAUUUCAAAUUUUUUGAGCUAUGCUUAAUAUGAUUAUGCUAUAAAUAGGUUUUGUUUGAAUAUUUUUUCAUCAUUUCAUUGGUGUAUCUUUUAAAGAAAUGUUCACUAUGUGUGAUUUGUAACAAUUGUUAAAUAUCUAUAUAUUUUUGUGAGUGAAAUGUGCUAAAUGGGCCAUCCCAUGUGACAGAAAAGGGCAUUCGGAAUAGUUUUGUCUGCAGGUUUUAUUCCAUAAAAACAAAUAAAACAAAUAAGAAAAAUUCAUUUUGGUAUCAACAGUAAAGAUGUGUUUUAGGUAUGAUGUAGAAAAUCAAAAGUUAAUAGUUAAGGAAAAAAAGACUCACAUAAAUAUGCAAACUUGCCCGUGAUCGAAUGGUACUCAUACCAAAUGAAAACUCUUUUCAAGAAAAGAGUUCAACGUUCAACAAAACAGAAAAAAAGUGUUCUCACCAAUACUUGCAGUAAUAAAUGUGAAUGCAAACAGUCAAAAUUUUUUAAACCAGUUUUAGAGUUACUGUUAGUUAUUGAUGUGAUGCAACGGGACAAGAUGAUACAGAUGUUGGAACUUAGACUUUCAGAAAAAAAAAAAGAAAAACAAUUUUUAGUACAUUUUUUACUAUUUUUGUGCAUUGAAGUUAUUUGCUGACUUUAAACUGUUUACAAAUAAAAAAUAAUAAUAAAUUAUCAGAAAGAUAUGCUUCUCAUAAAUAAAAUAUUUUUAAAUAUAUAAAUAAAUAAAAAAAAAACCACAAACUAAAAAGCAAAAAACAAUUGGUCACAUUUAUAUACAAUUUCCUACCCAAACCUGUAAAUCAAAUUUAUUUUACAUCUGAAAAUUAAGAAAUUUUUUGAGAUGUGAAGAUCUAGUGGAGCACAAGGGGCACUAAAAAUGUAUGAAAGACUGGAACACAAAUAUGAAUAUGUUGCCAGAGCUAUAAUAAUUCAAAAAUAUAUUGAAUAUUGUGGUACUUUAUCGUCGUAUGCUUAAUAAUUCGACAUGGGUCAAAAAGGACUUGAACAACUUAUGUGCUACAAUUUUUAUUGGAACAAAAUGAUCAUAUUAAAAAAAAAAAAAAACUGCACAUAGCUGAAUAUUUACAAUGACUAUAAAAAGACUAUACUUUUGUGACUGUAAGUCACGAAAUGUUUUUGAAAAAUUCCAAAAAAUACGUUUGGGGAGUGAUUUUCUCCAAAUAGGCCAAAUUAAUGUUCCAAGCCUGUAUCUCAUUAGUUUGGAAUCGUUUUAAAAAUAAAUUUAACAGACAUGCAUAAUAUGACGUCAAAAAGUUAUUUUGGUAGUUUUAUAAUUUAGGUAUUUAUAAAUUAGUUCUUUAGCUCAAACCAAUCAUUGUCCUUCCCUCAUGCUGUCCCCACGCAAGAGUUCAACUUUUUGAUUUUAUGUUCAAAUAAGGACUAUAAUAUGCUAUUAUUAUAAUUUAUUAAUAAAAAUAUUAUCUUUAAUAUAAUCUUAUCUUUAAUGUAAUGUUGUCCCCCCCCCCCUUCUUAUCUCACUUCCUCCCUGACCUAUCAAACUUCCUCUAACUGCUACUAGAGGGCACAUAAAACUAAUUGAGGGAAUUAGAAUAUUUUGGUAACCAUUGCAGCACAUUGCAUUAAAAAACAAAAACUUGAUUUUUUUGUUCAAUUAUUCUCAAAGGGAAAUUUUGACAGAGAAUAGACUGAAAGUUCUUUUACCUAAUCACUCCCUCACCAGCCUCCUGAAUACAGGUAAAUUUUAAUAACUCCUUAUUCCUGCCGAUUUAUAAGUAGGUAUAGUUAAAGCCCACUAAGACUAACUGCUAUUCAGGUAACUGUAAAAAAGUAAAUGGCCAUUUUGUUAAUAUGAGGAAGUGCGGAAUUUAAGCUAUUAUGUAAUGAGUUUAAAAUUAAGUUAUUGCAGUUAUAAAAUAAAUGCUAAUCAACAGACUUUUUUAAGUUUUGCAAACGAAAUAAAUCAUAAAAGUUACCAUCAUCACUAUAUUAUGAGUUUUAACUUUAUUAGUCUCUGAAAAUGGUUACAUUGUAUGAAUUCAGUAGACUACUUGUUAGCGUAGAACGUUAUUUACUUAACUUAGUAUUUCAUAAUUUUAACAGAUUGCAAAUUUGUUAGGUUGUCUAUUCAAGAAAUAUGUCUUACUAGCAUUCCCGUACCCGGCAUUGCUCGGGUAAUGGGAUUAGCUGGGGUUAACAGUGCUUGGUGCACUUGUCCUUAACCGAUCUUUAACUGUUAUUAACGAUCCUUUUAAAGUAUUGAUUAUCUUUGCAAGCACUGGCCAUCCACAUUUUAUUGUUAUACCUAUGUUUGAGCAAGAACUUCUUUGUAUACAACAUUUUUAGAUUUUUUUUGUCUGGUGCUAAAAUUAUUAAGCUGCUUGAUGAACGGACUUUGGAGCAAGCUACUUAAAAUUGGCCGUGUGAAAAAAAAUCUUCUCUUAAAUUGAUCCCUGCUACUUGUAAUACCUUCCUUAUUAACGGUUAUUGCAAUGCAAACUUUUACAGGAAACUGCACUCUUCUAAAUUCAAAAAGAUAGUCCGCCUGUGAUGAUGUUCUUAAAAACUUCGUUUCUAGUUUUGAAAAAAUGAAAGUAAAAGAAAGAAACAUUAUUAUUGGACUCGAGAAAAGCCUCGAAGAGUCACGUGAGAAACAAAAACAAUAUCAAAUUUAAAAUUCGCUAUCGACCAAAAGUUGAGAUGAAGUGCUGAAUAAUGAUUUGAAUGGAGGAAAGCCUCUGAAAAUAAGGGAUUUAAAUUUCAAUGACAGGUUUUAAUUUCACAGAUAUUAAGGGGUUUUAAUUAAUUUCUCCCAAACUAAAUGAUAUUUCGAAAAAUCCUUUCUUAGUGGACACUUUCGUAAUCAUGUGGACAUACCUGUCAAAUUUCAAGUCUGAGGCUUCAGCGGUAUUGGCUGUGCGUUGAUAUAUAUAUAUAUAUGUUAUCUCAGGACAUUGAUUUUUAUAUAUUAAGAUAUAUUUUUUAAUCUCAUUAAGGUGUUUCCAAUGUGCAUUCGACCAACCUUGCAGCCGUUUUCACUUAGGUAAGGGUUAUGAUAGGCAUCACUCCCUCACUUAUGUAAUUAAAAAAGAAAAAAAAUUAGUUCAAAAAAUAAGUGAUUGAUUACAGUCAAUAUUUUUCCUAAUAUAGAUGAGUUCAGAUUAACUCAUAAAAAUAUUAAAUUAAAAUGAGUUUUCAACAAAGUAGCUUCAAAGAAAAAAAAAAAUUCUUAGCUCUUAUUUGGCCUAUUUGGAGAGAAUCACCCAGACAGAUACGAAACAAAUUUGAAAUUUGUCAAAAAUGACCCAAAUACCCUAGGAAGGUUAAAACCAAACCAAACCUAACCAGUUACAUUAGGUAGUAGUUACUCAGCGUUAUGUAAAGAAAGUAUACACAUGGGAAAUAAUGUAAAUUUUCAAAAUUAGUUUCAAAAUUAGUGAGAAUGCUUUCUAAAAUCUAAAUGUUCAAGCAGUUCUUCCAACAACCAUUUUUACCUUUCUGUAAAUUCUUGUUAACGGACAAAAACAGAGCUGUUGUAAAUUUUUCGUAAAAUUUCCGACAGUUUGCAUUUCUUCAAGAUCUGUAUUUAAAAAUGUCAUGAAAAAAAAAUUUUUUUUUUCUCAUUGUGGUUUAAGUUUUCAUGGAAUGGCCCAAUAUUUUUAUUCAUAUUUUUCAUUAAUAGACAUUAAUUCAAGAAUUUGUUAAAUUUUUUUAUACAAUUUUUAUUGCUUUGAAAGCUCUUCUAUGUGCUGAAUUGAAAGUAUUUUAUUUUCUAAUUGUGCACAAGCCAUAUUUUGGGAUAAAUUUUUGUGAUUUCAUGAUAAAACUAACUGCAUUUUAUUUCUACAUACAAUUAUAUUUCAUUGUUUAUACAGUGAUUUACCCUAUUUUAUAAUUAAUCAGCUCAUAGUAGCCACUCGCCAAAUCUCUGUUGUCUUUCUAAUAAUGUAUGACUUUUUUUAUUUUUAUAUGGAUUUAUUUAAAGCUUUAUUUA